AUGAAUACCGUCGAAGCAAAGGAAUGGCUAGAUAAGUGCUACGGCAUCUGUUCACCCAGUUCAACCAUCAAAUACUGGUUUGCUGAAUUUCGUCGCGGGCGUACAUCCACCGCUGAUGCUGAACGAUCAGGUCGCCCAAAAGAGGCAAUUAUCCCCGAAAUCAUUCAACAAGUCCGCCGCAUGUUAUUGAAUGAUCGAAAAGUGAAAGUGCGUGAGAUAGCUGAGUCCAUAGGCAUAUCAACAGGGUCAGUGGUUACAAUUAUGCAUCAACAUUUGCACAUGAAAAAGCUGCUUGCUAUGGAAUUUUUGCGUCGAUACAUCACGAUGGAUGAGACUUGGGUCCAUCACUACGUACCACAAGACAAACGUCAGUCUGCGGAGUGGGUAGGACCAGAUGAAAGACCUCCAAAGCGUGUGAAGCAAGAUCGAUGGGCUGGCAAG